AUGAGGACUAGCAGACUCGCUCAAUAUGCUGUCAAUGUUUGCCUACCCUGUUCUCGUCAUGCCUCUACUGUUCCCUUACUUGCGACCCGGCGGAUACCCUUGUUUACUAACCUGCGCAUAUCGCGCCGCUCAAUAACGUGGGCAUCCACUCCCAGGCAAUUCCCCACUUCAGGCUUCCAUUCAAUCAACCCAUCUGAAGAUAUUGAAGAAGAAACUUUAUCAACAUAUGAAGCUGAAAAAUAUUAUCCCGUUCAGCAAGGGGAGGUGCUUGGCGAUCGGUAUCAGACCCUUGCCAAGUUGGGUUACGGGGUGACAUCAACUGUCUGGUUUGCUCGAGAUUUGGUAGAUUCAAAAUAUGUUAUCUUGAAAGUCUAUGUGGCAGGUCAAGAGACCAAUCAUGAGGUCGAAAUUUAUGAGCGUAUAAACACGGUACCAACAACACAUCCUGGCAAACGAUUUAUUAGGCAGCUCUUCGAUCAUUUCUCAAUUGAAGGGCCUCAUGGCCGUCAUACCUGCCUUAUUCAUGAACCUCUGGGUAUGAAUACAGAUCUUCAACUAAAAAAUCUGCUACUCCCCUCACCGGACGAAAGCGCCCUCUCACGUUUUGAAGAGGAUGCAGUGAAGACGCCAGCGGCUAGAAAGAUGCUGAAAGGCCGAACAAUCUACACCUCUUCAAAAUUUCCACUGAGUAACGGAUUACCGCUGCUGAGUGAUUUUGGUGAAGCUCGAUUUGCCGGUAAGGAGAACAAUGAGGAUAUCAUGCCGAAUGUCUAUCGAGCUCCAGAAGUCAUAUCAAAAAUGAACUGGGACCAUACGGUGGAAAUUUGGAGUGUCGCCAUGCUGGCAUGGGACAUCGUCUCCCCCCGCACUCUCUUGGACGGGGAAAAUCCAGACGGCAUUUUUGACGAUAGGGUUCAUGUUGCAGAGCUAAUUGCACUUCUGGGCCCUCCGCCACCCCAGUUCCGUGAAAUGGGCAAACUAACUUCAGUAUUUUGGGAUGAGUCCGGAAACUGGAAAGAGCUAGCUCCUCUACCGAAUAUAACCCUGGAAGGGCUCGCUGCCGACAUCCGUGGGGAUGACAAGGAGGGAUUCUUGCGAUGGCUCCGGGCUGCUUUGCAAUGGAACCCCCAGGACAGGCCUACAGCUUUGGAACUCCUUUACGAUGAAUGGCUGAUGAAGGGGCUUAAGCUAAAAUCUAGGGAAGAGACAAGUGAGGAUUCGACUACACAUGACUGA